AUGACGGAAAACGCGCCGCCUGCCGAUGCGCAGCCCAAUGCGAACUCUGAGGCCACGCGCGGCAUGCCUUAUUAUGAGAAGCUACGACGCGACCUGCGCGAAGCCCUGGCGAAGAAGCGCGUCCUCGAUGCUACACUUAACACCAUCGAAGAGAAUAUAUACCGUGCCGAGACGAGCUACCUCGAGGAGACGAGUGCUGGCAACAUAGUAAAAGGCUUUGACAAUUACAUCAAGGGAUCGACCGCCUCUACGUCUGGCGGUGCUGGCGCUGGUAGUGCCGCGCGCCGGAAGGCUGCCAUCAACGAGCAAGACCGCAUAUUCAGUCGAAGCUCACAGAGCUUUCUCAUGAAUGACUCGCCCGGUCCGACAUCCGCGCAAACAACGCCCUCGCAUGCUCCCACGCCAGCGUCGUCUUUCCCCGGUGCCAGCAACCAUCCGACUCCCGGUAGCACUACGAGCAAAGCGACCAACAAGAAGCGCCCAUCGGCCAAGGAUGACGAGGACACCGAUGGGAAGCCAAACAAGAGAGGAAAGAUCACGUACGGGAGGGAUUAG